AUGCUGUCUCAUCGCCUCUGCAUCCUAGCGCUGUCAAUUCCAGCCAUUCUCGCCCAAAACUUCAACUUCACCUUACCAGUCGCCCCCUCAACCUUGAACCUCUCGGCCUCGGCCAUCGACAUAUCCUGGAACCGCGGUAUCGAUCCCUACACUGAAGCCGAUCUCGCCUUCACCGGUCCAGGGUUCAGCUACCCGCUGGUCAAAAACCUUAGCAUCUCGACCAACCACUACACCUGGGAUCCGUACAACGUCUCUCAAGCCCUACAGCAGGGCAAGACGCAGUUGAAUGAUGCGACUAUCUACCAAUUCCAGGCGAUGAUGCAUAAUGCGAAUACUACCGCCGGAGCCACGGUCGUGAGUGGAGAGUAUAGUGUGGAUGGGUAUCCGUAUCUCAGUAGUGCGGAGGCGGGAGCUGUAAGACCGUCGUGGGCGGGCUUGGGGAUGGCGGCUUUAGGGAUGAUGAUGGCUGCAGCGAUGUCCUGUUGA